AUGGAGAAGGCCGCGGCCACGCGCCGGCCGAGCCCGCUGCUGCCGCCGACGCCGGUCGCCGCCGUCGCAGUGCAGGGCCACGCGCUCGUGCUCAAGGAGGCGCGCGUCGGCAGCCGGCGCCGGCUCAACCUCGACACGAUGAUGAGCCGCCGGCCGUACCAUGUCGUCUUUGACCUGCUCGUGUCGGACGCGUCGACGAGUCCACCCGAGACCAUCCAUCGGUCGUACGCCCAGUUCCAGGCGCUGCACCAUCAACUGCGCAAGAAAUACCCGCGGUCGCCGCUCGUGGCCUUGCCCUCGAUGAAGCUCGGGCGCUUUGACAGCGCGUACAUCCAGCUCAAGUACCCCGAGCUCGAGCAAUUUCUGCAGCAGCUUUUGAGCCUCGAGUGCAUCUCGACGAGCGACCUUCUCAGUCGCUUCUUUCGCGAACCGACGCUCGCUGCGUCAGACGGCAGCGACGACGACGACGUGCUACCGCCCAGCGACGCGACGACCGUCACGAUCCGGAAGGGCCAGUCGUACUCAGUCUCGCUCGAGAUCCCGACCGCACACGCGGCCGUCGCCUACCAAUUCGCCACGCGCAAGCACGACAUUGGCUUCUCGAUCACGCUCAACGACGACACGCUUCAAGUCUACUCGCGCGAGGCCGCGCUCAAGGGCCUGGUGCGCUGCCCGACCCCCGGGCUCUGCACGCUCACAUGGGACAACUCGUACGUCUGGCACCGGUCCAAGGUGGUCACGUACCACGCCGAAGUCGUCGCCAUGUCGCCGCGCUCGCAGUCGCCCAAGCCGCGCAGUGCCGAGACGUCCCGCGUCAGUGACACGAGCGCCGAAACACCCACGGGCUACAUUGCGCACGUCCACCGCGCGCCGAUUCUGCUGUCGCCGCGGCGCCUCGUGCACACGUCGAUGCGCAAGAUCAUUGGCUGGUCCAAGCCCGAGCCGUGGCUCAAAGCCGGCCCGAUGAUCAUCCAGCGCCGCCAUACCAAGCUCAAGCACGCGCUUCUGCACGGCGGCGGCGAGUCGUGGUACCGCAAGUGGUUUACACUCGACGGCAACAAUGGCAUCCUUCGAUGCUACGACAACCAAGCGUCCGUGACACGGGUCCUCAAGGCCGCUUGA